AUGGAUAAAGGAAAUAUGUCUGCUGUGUCAGAAUUUGUGCUUCUGGGACUUUGCCAGUCGUGGAAUAUGCAGGUCUUAUUCUUACUGAUAUUUCUUGUGCUUUACCUGAUCAUUGUAUUUGGAAAUAUUGCCAUCGUGAUCUUAAUCAUCGUGGAUUCCCAUCUUCAUUCACCCAUGUACUUCUUGUUAGCCAAUCUGUCCUUCAUUGAUAUGCUGCUCUCCUCAGUCACAACUCCAAAGAUGAUCACAGACUUUCUUUGGGAAAAUAAGACAAUUUCCUUUGGAGGAUGCAUGUGCCAGAUCCUCUUUGUGCAUUUUGUUGGAGGAAGUGAGAUGGUGUUAUUGGUGGUAAUGGCCUAUGAUCGUUAUGUGGCCAUUUGCAAACCACUCCAUUAUUCAACCAUUAUGAGUCUUCAAAAGUGCAUUGGGCUGGUAGCAACUUCCUGGACCAUUGGCUUUGUGCACGCCAUGAGCCAAAUGGUUGUGAUUGUUCAGUUGCCUUUCUGUGGCCCUAGGGAAAUAGACAGCUUCUUCUGUGACAUACCACUGGUAAUUGAACUUGCCUGCAUGGAUUCCUACAAUUUGGGGAUAUUAAUGAAUGCUGAUAGUGGUAUUCUUGCCGUCAUCUGCUUUAUAAUAUUGCUGAUAUCCUAUACAUAUAUUCUUCAAACUGUCCGCCAGAAUUCUAAAUCUGGCUCAUCCAAGGCACUCUCUACCUGCACUGCCCAUAUUUCAGUGGUAGUUCUCUUCUUUGGACCCUGCAUCUUCAUCUACGUGUGGCCACUGAGCAUUACUUGGGUAGACAAAUUCCUUGCUGUGUUUUACUCUGUUAUUACUCCUCUCCUAAAUCCAACCAUUUACACUCUGAGAAAUAAAGAGAUGAAAAAUGCUAUGAAGAGAUUCAGAAGCUACUCUGUACAUUUAAAGGUAAAUAUUUAA